GCCAACGGCUAAAUUUCGGAUUCUAGUUAAAAAUUUCAAAAAAAAAAGUUUUUUUUUUAUUUCAUUUAAAGGACAAAAGGAUAACAUCGAAAGGAUAACAUUAUGGCCGCAGCAGCUGCUGCUCCUGCCGCUGGGGCAGCCCCCAAGGAUUUGGUGCAGAUUGCCGGAGAGGGGGCAUUUACCAAUUACAUGAAAAAUCGCCUAAGGCGAGGUGGCAUGAAACGCAAAGGAUUGGAAAUUAUUAAUGGCCAUAAAUUCGCUGUGCGCUUUUUCAAGCAGCCCACCUAUUGUGGCCACUGCAAGGAAUUUAUUUGGGGCUUUGGCAAGCAGGGUUAUCAGUGCGAAGAUUGCCGUUUUAAUAUCCAUCAAAAAUGUUGUAAAUUUGUGGUCUUCAAAUGCCCGGGCACUGAGACGGACAUUGAUGGGGAAUGUGCCAAGGUUAAACAUGCCUGGGUAUCGACCACCUAUUCAGCCCCAACUUUCUGUGAUGAUUGUGGUCUGCUGCUGCAUGGAGUCCAGCAUCAGGGUGUCAAGUGCGACAAUUGCAACCUAAAUGUCCAUCACAAUUGCAAGGAUAAGGUACCGCCAUUGUGUGGAGCAGACAUAACUGAGAUUCGUGGCAAAUUGUUGUUGUACGUGGAAUUGAAGGGCAAUACCUUGAAGGUGGAUAUCAAGGAAGCCGCCAAUCUAAUCCCCAUGGAUACCAAUGGCUUGAGCGAUCCCUAUAUUGCCAUACAAUUGCAUCCAGAUCGCAGUGGCAAGACCAAAAAGAAGACCAAGACCAUUCAAAAGAAUUUGAAUCCGGUAUUCAAUGAGUCGUUUACUUUCGACUUGGGACCCCAGGAUCGUGAAAAACGCUUACUGAUAGAGGUAUGGGAUUGGGAUCGUACUUCUCGUAACGAUUUCAUGGGCUCCUUCUCCUUUAGCAUGGAAGAGAUACAAAAGGAACCAAUUGAUGGCUGGUACAAGUUCUUGUCUCAGGUUGAGGGUGAACAUUACAACAUUCCUUGCACUGAUGCCGUCAACGACAUUGCUCGCCUCAGGGAUGAGGUUAAGACCGAAAAGAAGACCAACAAACGCCGCAUGGACAACAAGGACAUGCCACACAACAUGAACAAACGUGAUAUGAUCAGGGCAGCUGAUUUCAAUUUCAUUAAAGUUUUGGGCAAGGGCUCGUUUGGUAAGGUGCUCUUGGCCGAACGUCGUGGUACCGAUGAAUUGUAUGCCGUUAAAGUACUAAGGAAGGAUAUUAUUAUUCAAGCCGAUGAUAUGGAAUUGCCCAUGACGGAGAAGUUCAUAUUGGCCCUGUCGGGAAAAUCGCCAUUUUUGGUAUCCUUGCAUUCGUGCUUCCAAACUAUGGACCGUCUAUUCUUUGUUUUGGAAUACUGCAAGGGUGGUGAUUUGCUGUAUCAGCUGCAGAAAUAUGGUCGCUUCAAGGAGUCGGUGGCAAUUUUCUAUGCCGUUGAGGUUGCCUUGGCCUUGUUCUUUUUGCAUGAACGCAAAAUCAUCUAUCGUGAUUUGAAAUUGGAUAAUAUUCUGUUGGAUUUGGAUGGCCAUGUUAAGUUAACCGAUUUCGGUUUGUCCAAGGAUAAUAUUGGAGAAAAUGAUAAUACACGUACUUUCUGUGGUACUAGCUGCUAUUUGGCUCCGGAGAUUUUGGCCUAUGAACCCUAUAGCCACACCGUGGACUGGUGGGCCUAUGGUGUACUCUUGUACGAAAUGAUGGCCGGCCAGCAGCCAUUUGAGGGUGAAGAUGAUGCCGCCAUAUACAAGAAUAUCAAGGAAAAGAAGGCCGUGUUUCCCAAGCACUUCUCCCAGGAGUCCAUGGAUGUUAUCACCAGUUUCUUGGCUAAGAAACCCAACAAUCGCUUGGGAGCCGGCAAAUUUGCCCGCAAUGAAAUCCAAACUCAUCCCUUCUAUAACAUUAUUGAUUGGGAUUCGGCAGCUGAGAAGGGUAUGGAGCCACCAAUUAUACCCAAGAUUAAACAUCGCAAAGAUAUCUCGAAUUUCGAUACCACAUUCACGGCCGAGAAAACCGAUUUGACACCCACCGACAAAUUAUUCAUGAUGAACUUGGAUCAGGGUGAUUUCUUGGGUUUCUCCUAUAUGAAUCCGGAGUUUAUAACAUUGGUCUAAAGUGGAUCUGUUCCUUGUUGAAAUUUAAACAGUAUUUAAAAUUGUUGUCAGCAAUUACGCUGUUGCUUAAAUUCAAAAUCCAAAUAUAAAAAAAAAAAUAACAGCAUGGCAUAUGAAA